AUGGCAUUACCAUCGUCGAAAAAGACUCAUCUGGAACAACAUAAACAGAUUCUUAAACAGCUAUUGAAAGAAGACGCCAAUAAAACUUGUGCUGAUUGCAAAGUUUCCAAAAACCCUCGAUGGGCAUCAUGGAACUUAGGAUGUUUUAUCUGUAUUCGAUGUUCUGGGAUCCAUCGUAGCAUGGGAACACAUAUAUCCAAAGUGAAAAGUGUCGAUUUGGAUGCAUGGACAGAUGAUCAAAUUGAAAAUAUGGUUAAAUGGGGUAAUUCCAUUGUUAACCAAUACUGGGAAGAUAAAUUGCCCAGUGGAUAUAUUCCUGAUCAACUGAAAAUUGAGAAUUUUAUUCGUACAAAAUAUGAUUUGAGAAAAUGGACCAUGAGUAAGAACUUGCCUGAUCCAUUGUCAUUGAAUAAAAAUAAAGCUGGCAGUACUGCCACUACUAGUGGUACUCAGCAACCCAAGCACGAGACAAAAUCUCACUCAAAUACCACAUUACUGAAUGAUAUCAAUUUAUUGGAUACUAAUAGUAACAAGAAAAGCAGUGAUGAGGAAUUUGGAAGUUUUACAGUCACAAGGUCUCCUCAUAAAAGAAGUACUAAGUUGGCACCGCCACCUACAAAGACUGUGUUACCUGCAGCACCAACAACACCAGGUUUACAGCAACAGCAACAGCAACCACUUCAAUCAGCACAAAAUACUGGUGGCAGUGUUUCAAGUAUGGGAAGACCUGAUUUGAAAAAAUCAAUCCUUUCAUUAUAUGCAUCUCCUUCAUCUUCAAACAGUUUUAUUCAACAACAGCAACAACAAUCGCUUGGUAUGAAUUCAUUAUCAAACUCAUUAUCAAGUUUGAAUAUACAAGGUGGAAACUCCACCUCCAACAACAACGUAUACCGUUCUUCAAACCCAGUGAACACUCCAAAUAAUCAUAACCAACGUCAUCCAUUAGUCAAUUCAACUCCAUCGCUUAAUAACAAUCAGUCUAAACAAAAUUGGAACAAUGAAUGGACUACCGACACAUUUACUUCUUCACCUUCAAUUCCAUCGUCUUCGUCGUCAUCAUUAGCUGGUACUUCCAAUUACAAGACCACUUCAUCAUUAAACGUUAAUGGGUUAGAUGACGAUUUGUUCAAGAAUGUAUGGGGGUGA